AUGGUCGAGGACAUCGACACUUUCCUCAAUUUUCCAUGGGGAAAGGUGUCCUUUAGAGCAACUAUAAAGGGUUUGACCAAGGACCUUAAUCGAUACAUGUUGCUAUAUCUGGGGAAAAAGAAGGUGAAUGAGGAAGACAAGGAUGAGGAAGAUUUGAAGGAGAUAGAUGGGGAAGAUUUGGAUAAGGUGAAUGUGUUCCUUGAGGAUAUGUUGAAUGAUGAUAAUGAUGGGCUUGUGGAGAAGAAAGACAAUGCCGGGCUUGACGGGCAUAUGGUGGAGGAUGAUUUGGUGAAUGAUGAGAUUGUGGAGAAGAAGAUUAAUGAUAUUAAGGAUGAGCAUAUGGUGGAGGAUGAUUUGGUGAAUGAUGAGCAUGUGUUGGAAGCUGAUGUGCUUGAUGAGAAAUCCAAUAAUGGAAUUGUGGAGAAUAAGAUUGAGGAUAUUGAGGAUGGGAUAGAGAAGAACAAUGAUGGGCUUAUGUUGGAAGCUGAUGUGCUUAAUGAGAAAUCCAAUGAUGAGAUUGUGGAGAACAAGAUUGAGAAUAUUGAGGAGGAGAAUGUGAAGGAGAAAGUGGAGGGGAAGGUGGAGAAGAAGAACAAUGAUGGGAUUGUGGAGAAGAAGGUGGAGGAUAUUGAGGUAUAUGGGCUAGUGGAGGAUAAGAACAAUGAAAGAUUUAUGAAGGAAGCUGAUGUGCUUGAUGAGAAAUCCAAUGAUGGGAUUGUGGAGAAGAAGAUUGAGGAUGAGAAGGUGGAGGAGAAGAAGGUGGUGCCGAAUAAGAAUGUGCAGAAGACGAAGGUGGACAAGGUGCCGAAUAAGAAGGUGGUGCAGAAUAAGAAGUUGGUGCAGAAAAAGGUGGACGAUGAUUUGUUUGUGGAGAAGAAGGAAGACAAGGUGUCGAAUAAGAAGGUGGUGCAGAAUAAGAAGUUGAAGCAGAAGGUGGAGGAGGAGGAGAAGGAUGUGGUGGAAUUGGACGAUGCAUUCCACAUCCAAUUUAAGAGAAAGAGGUUGAGGUCGAAAGCUCUACUUAGUCCCUACACCGUUCCUCGUCCAAAAAAGAAGGUGAAAGAAGAUCCAAUCAUUGUCGAUCCUAUGACGAAGUUUGAUCUGAAACUGAAGACAACUAUGAUGAAAGAGUUGGCAAAAAGAGGUCAAUGUAAAAAGUUGGAGCUCUGUGUUUGCACUAUAGGCUAUUCAUUCUUAAAUACACUUAUGAGUACACGUAAAUGGAUAAAUGAUGUGGAGAUCAAUGCCGCAUUAGAUCUGCUAAGAGAAAGAGCAUUCACCUACCCUAAGACGUACGCGACGGAUUUCACCAUCUUAGAUUGUCAUUUCGUCCCUUUGUUUGCAGCACACUAUGACCAAUUUAUUAUUGAUUCGGCUGAUCCUGAUAAACCAGAAGGACAUUCUUUUGAUAAAUCUUUUUACUUGUACUACUAG